GGAUUACGUUGUUAAUUUUGAAUUAUUUUUUAUGUAGGUUACAGUGUCACCUAUAGUUUAUUUUUCUAAAUUGAACUUUAAAUAAGUAUAAAUAUAAAUAUUUUUGUUUAUCUAAGAGCAACUCAGUGUAUAACCUAUAAUUAACAGUGUGUCAUUGUGUAACACGUGGUCAUUGUUGUUACAGUUAAAAAAAUUUUUAUUAUAAUAUUAUGGGUAGAAAAAUUCCAGGAAAAAAACACAAAGGUACUAAGGAUCCGGAAAAGCAACGUGCAAAACGAUGGGCUGAAAUUAAAGAUAAAGUUGAUGCUCCACCAACUAAUGUUGAAGAUCAGCCGAUACCAAAAAGUUUAGAACGAAUGAUAAACUUGAAAAAUAGCAUGAAAAAUCGAAAAAAAUUAUCUGGAGAAAAAAGUAAUAAAGAAAAGAAAAAUAAAUUGAUAACAGUGGGUUUAGAAAGUAAUAGACAAAUAUUGGAUCCAAAAGCUAAACCUGAAAAAGUAGUCCCAGUUUUUAGCCAAAGGCCUGGUGAACCAGAUUAUAAAUUUUUGCAUCGUGUUAAUGGCGAGACAAUAAAUUAUUUAAAGGAAGCGGAGUUUGAAAAUAAAUUUAAUGUGCAAAUAGUUAGAAAUUCAGAGACUGGUAGACCUGAAGGCUUACAAAAAAAACCAAAAGACGAGAUUGAUGAGUUACUUAGGCUUAAAAUGAAGCAUAAAAAUAUUGGAAAGAAAAAAAAAGUUAAAUCGAUAACAGAACCUAAAUUAACUAAAGUUCAAAAACGUAAGCUUAAACUACAAGAAAAGAAAGCGAAAAAAUUGAGUAAUAAUUCUGAUGAUUUUAAUAUUUACAAAGAUAAAGUUGAAUUCGGUGAAGUUGCUCAUGCUCCGCCAGAAUUGAAUGUAAAACCUUCCAAAGCAGAUAAAAUAGUUAAGCCCGCCAAGAAAGAAUUACUUUUACAUUCAUUACUUAAUAAUAAAAAUGUUAAAGCGCAGCCUAAGUCGAUAGAUAAAACAGGUAAACGAAAAAAUCUACCUUCUGCCGAGAGAAGGAUUCUUGAAAAGCAUCAAAGUGAAGUAAUCGAAGCCUAUAAAUUACUUAAAACUCGUAAUAAAUCCUCUGGCAUACCUUCGUUAUAAGAAUAAUAACAGUAAUUAUACAAAAAU